UCAGUUCUUCGUGGAUUGUCAAGUGUUAUACAUAGAGUGCAAUCGGAGUACCACUAAACUAGCUGAGCGUUGUGAAAAAAUCAAAAGAAGAAAAAAUAAAAAUAAAAGAAAAACUGAUUUGGUUAGUCGUGGAAAGAGUUAUUAUUAAUUCAAUAAUACAAUAAAAAGAGCAAGUAAUUGAUAUUUUAUGAAAAAUCGAUUUCUGCCACCCCGUCCGUUUUUAAUUUAUUUUGGAUAUCAACGUAUUAUGUGUGUGUAUGCAUUUAUAUCUACAUACAAAUGUACACACAAAAUUAAGUGAAUUUUCGCUUGCUAAGUAAUCGCAAAGGUCAAACACGUGAAGAAGCGCAAAGCGAAGCAGGUCGCACCAAAAAGCAGUGCAGCUGUUAAGUGGAGCGGUUAAGUUUAGCCGUUUAGUUCGGUGCGGUGCGGUGCGGAGGCAGAGGGCUGGGCGGUGCUGUUGUGCUCCUAUUCCAUCGCGAUAACACAUCAACGCACGCCUAAAAAUUGAUUCUUUAUUUGCUCACCGCCUAUAGCCUUGCGAUUUGACAGAAUUUUCCAUUGGGGUUAUUGCUGCUCCUCGGAAUAGUGUUGCAAAGUGACAACCAAUUUGCAUUCUUAAUUCGUUGUUUUUUUUAUUGGAUGUUGUACAUACAUACAUAUGUGCUUAAUAUCAUCAUUAGUGAAACACUGGAGUGCAGACCAAAAUCAAAUUUUGUAAAGCACAAACUAGAGUGUUUUUCCAUAUCGGCAGGUGAUUCAAGAAUCACCAUAUAGCUGUUGUUGCUGCACUAAAACAGUUACUCACUAAGGCAAUAAUUCACAAAGUUUUGGGAGGCCGGGUGGCGGAGGAAGAAAUCCAACAGCGGAGGGCAAUUCAGGCAAUUCUGGCUCGUGUGGAAGGACUGUUAAAAGUGUAGUUUUUAAUUGAACAGCUGUUAAAUAAAGCAUUUCAGCCAAAAGGAAUACCAGCUACCUGCCAUCUCACUCGUCGUGUAUCUUUUUGGUUAUAAUGAGUAUUAUUUGUCUACACAAUUGGAUACUGCCGUCAGUUCAAUGUCAAGAUGGAUCAUCGUUUCUAAAACGUGCCAGCGCCGAUAAACUCCGGGAAGUCUUCCUUAGAUACGCUUCAUUACAAAAGGAUGGCGACUACUACAUGACCAGUGAGGAUUUCGUGCGCAAAUUUCUCGGACUCUUUACAGAUGCGACAUUCAAUGAUGGAUCAUCGUUUCUAAAACGUGCCAGCGCCGAUAAACUCCGGGAAGUCUUCCUUAGAUACGCUUCAUUACAAAAGGAUGGCGACUACUACAUGACCAGUGAGGAUUUCGUGCGCAAAUUUCUCGGACUCUUUACAGAUGCGACAUUCAAUGAUAUCGAAUAA